AUUGUCCACCGUGUCAUUGUCUGGAAUUCACCAGAAUCUUGUCCUUCACUCUACACUUCCCCGAACUUCCGAGAACAGGUUAUGGCUUUCGCUAACCAUCUGCUACCGCUUCAACUCGUUAAACCCUCUCUCAACUCCCCAAAACCCUCCCUAUUUCUCAACCCAUCCUUUUCCUCAUCCUCCCACCAUUUCAACUCCCCUUCCAUACUUCAUAACCGUUCUUCAAUUUCCACCCUCCGCAGGAUCACCGUUAAGGCUAAAGCACAAGAACCUGAAGUUAGUGUAGCUACUGAUGCGUUUACACAAUUCAAGCAUCUGCUUUUGCCUAUUACUGAUAGAAAACCCUAUCUCUCUGAGGGAACUAAACAGGCUAUAGCAACUACCAUUGCCUUAGCUAAGAAGUAUGGAGCUGAUAUUACAGUUGUAGUUAUUGAUGAACAGCAGAAGGAGUCUCUGCCUGAGCAUGAGACUCAACUUUCCAGCAUCCGAUGGCAUAUAUCUGAAGGUGGAUUGAAAGACUAUAAAAUGCUUGAGCGGCUCGGUGAUGGAAGCAAGCCAACAGCAAUAAUUGGUGAUGUUGCUGAUGAACUUAAUUUGGAUUUGGUAGUUAUUAGCAUGGAAGCAAUUCAUACAAAGCAUAUUGAUGCAAAUUUGCUUGCUGAGUUCAUUCCCUGUCCUGUCAUGCUUUUGCCAUUGUAGUUUGCACUUUUUUUAGAUAGGGAAUGAUUUUUGUUUCAUCUGCUAUGUAUUCUAUGCUUCAAUUUGAUAUGCAAUGUUUUCGAGUAUAUGCUACUCUAAAGUGUCAGGGAUAUUAUGUUAAAUAUGUGUAACUGUACUUGUCUCUGAAAAUCUUAGAACCAUUGUUUUUUGCAUUUUUCCUAUGAAUUAUUUGAACAAGACUCUAGUUUUUAUCAUUUGCUUUGAUUUCUACAAA